AUGCCGAACAUUACAGUCGUCACCUCGCCCGAGUUCCGGCGCCUCCGCUCUCGGUCCGCCGAGCCGCCCCGCCCGCCACACCCAGAACCCAAACCCAAGCCCAAACCCAAGCCAGACCCCAAGAUUAAUAGGUGGAACGCGGCCGAGCCACUUGCCCGGACGCUCUCCCAGCCGCAGCCGCAGCCGCAGCCGCAGCCGCGCGCCGCGUCCUCGCUGUCUGUCAGCGGGUUUGAGGCAGAAUGGCCCUCGCUCUCGCGCCCCACGAGCGCAGCCAGCGGAGCGAGCAUGGCGGGUGGCAAGGUCGCAUCUUGGAACCCGUCCCGAUCUUUAUUUUCACUUUCACUUUCGCGUCCAGCGAGCGCUACGAGCCGGAGGGCGGCAGGUGGAGCGAGUGCGAGUGCGGGUGCGGGUGCGGGUGGGGUGGGUUGCGAGGCGGCCUCUGAAGCCCCCAUCACAUCGCGCGAGGAGAACGUAACAUUGCGCGAGGAGAAAGCCAUCCCAGCCGCAGACGCAGCCGCAGGCGCAGACGAAGACGCAGCCGCAGACAUCCGCCCACCAGCCCACGACACUCCCCGUCUACCCGACACUCCUCUACCCCCCGACGACACUCGGCACUCGCUUUCCCCCGACGACCCGCCGCGCGCGCGCCGCCCCUCACCAGUGUCGCCCACCCCAGUACGGGGCAGGUUGUCGCCACUUACACUCAACGGCAAGGGCAAGGGCAAGGGCAAGGGCUCCAAGUUAACCACCAAGGGGCACGUCACGCGUCCGCCUCUGAGCGCCAGCCUUGGGAUAUCAUUAACAACGCACACGCAUUCGUCUGUCGAGUCCUCGGAGAAAGAGAACAAGUCCUCGGAGAAAGAGACUUGUGACACCGUGUUCGGCCCACCGCACCUCAUCCAUCCCCAGCCCCGCUCGGCGCUGUCGCCGACGAUCCUCAACUUGCCGUCCACGCCCGUGUUCCAGAUGCUGACGACCGACGCCACGCCGCCAAAGGAUGGGUCAUUUUAUCCCGACCAGGAUGAGAACGACCAGGGGGAGGAAGCGGAGGUUGACACGGUAUCCCUCCACCCCCCAAGUGCCACUCCCAACCCCGCCCGGGAGAGAGAGAGCGAUAUCGACACCGACAUCGACAUCGAAAUCGAGGCUCUACCUAAGCGGUUCACCCCCGACCCCGCCGCACCCGAGUUCGUGCCGUCGCGCGGCCGCCAGUCUCGCUCCAGAAACCCCUCGCCACCCCGUCUCUCGCGCUCCACGACCCAUCUGCGUCGACGGACGGCUGUGCCACCCCGAGCAAGGUCCUAUGGGCCACGCGAGAUCCGACAAAGUGGAGACAUGGCCUACCAUCCUCAAUCAUCUACUCCGCUUGAGCAGCAGAUGCGGUUCCCGAUGCCGUUCCAGACUGGGCCGUUCCAGGACUUGCACCACAACAACUCGUAUCCUCCGAACGCUCACCAGUCAAGCUUCCCCCACCACAACGCUCUGAACGCUCACCGCAACAUCCACCACAACAUCCCGAACACCCACCGCAACAUCCACCACAACAUCCCAAACACCCACCCACACCCUGCCAACAUCCGGCCUGGUCCGCUCGCAAACUUUCCCCACGGCCCAGCUGUCCCUUUCCGGUAUGCUUACCGUCCCCCACGUCCUCUCCCUCCGCUGCAGCACUUGCUCCAUCAACCCCAGCAUCAUCUCCAGCAUCACAGAGGUCCGCCCAUUGGCGGACAUAGGUUCGCGCCUCCACCCGUUCGCCCGCCACCUCGCCUGCCCCGCAACGCUCGACAGUUCCCUCCGGCUCCUCCGGUCCCUCCGGCCCCAACAGCCUACCAGCUCCCAACUGUCCAACCACCCCCGCCCCCACCCCGCCUGCGUGUGCGCAAGGCCCACGACUACGCCCGGCCGGCGCGUGGUGGGGCUCCAGGCUCCGUCCGCGCUCCCGGAGACAGCUGGGACGGGAGUGGCUGGAAUCCGUUCCGGCCAAACCCUGUCUUUGACACCCCAGGCUUCCGCAUAAACCACACCACGCGCGACCGGAUUGGCGUUCCCGAGCAAUCCGAGCACAUGGCGAUCAAGGACGUUUGGAAUGUCAUCGACUACCUCGUCUCCCCGUCGACAAACACCGUGCUCGACACGCUCUUCAACCACCCCGAAAAGCUGAUGCACCACCAAAGUGUACGCGCCCUCGCUUCGGGAAAGGUAGAAGCUUUCUGGACGUUACGCACAGAAAUCGCGCAGGCCAUCUCGGACCCGCUCCUGUGCCCUAGUAUCACCCAGGCCGCCAUGGUCCGGAUGCAGCUCCUCCUCGGAGUUGGCGUGUCACCCGUAGACGACGAGGUCGUGGUCACAGUACCGAUAGCGUUCUGGAAUGACGGGGAGGGAUUCGUACGCGCUGCCAACACGCUCGCGCGCGUCGCAGUCGAGAGUAAAGGAUGGGCCGGAGCGUGGGUUGAUCAGAGCCAAGGCCUGCCGCUGUGGCUGGUAAAGUGGAAGGAGGGGGGAAUGGAGCGCAUGACGUAUGAUGGGACUCCGGGACUUCGGCGCACAGGUAGGAUGGACCAGCGCCUCCAUGAGGUUUUGGCACGAAUCGGCAAGGAGACCGAGCUGCUCCGCCGCGCUUGUGGCAUUGUCGACCAGGGGGAGGGGGUGAUUGGCGUCGAGCGGCCCAUACCUGUUCUCCCGCUGGUCGCGGAGUAG